UUCUCGCUGGCUGCAACAGCUGGGACCAGUUUGGGGAUUCAUGUUAUCUGUUCAACGAGACCUCUAUCGUUUGGAUGCAAGCUAUGUGGAGUUGCUAUGAAUCUGGUGGCUGGAUUGUGCAAAUUGACAGUAAAGACGAAGACGAUUUUAUUGUCGGGCUCAUGAAAGCCAGACGUGUGGAUAUUGUUUGGAUUGGUGGUUUUGCAACAGCCCAUUGGCAAUGGAUGCCAAGCUUUACCAGGCUUAAGGAAUACACAAACUGGGGACAGGGACUACCAGACAACGGUAAGUGCACUUAUGAUUUCAUUUGUUUCUUCAAAUUUACAUUAAGGCUGACAUUUUGUUUUAUAAUUAAAAAAAAAAAAAAAAUUAAAAACUUAAUGAAGACUGCAUACUCUGCCCUGUAUUAG